AAAGUUUCCCAAAUAACAUUCUCUCUAUACUCUACACAGUCGCCCUUCCUGAAUAAUCGUGACCGUCCGAUUUCAAAUCAGCGUUGCCUGUUCAUUUGACGGCAACUCUCUCCUUCUCUCUCUCUCUCAAUGAAGAAAAGCAUCUCUCUUUCUUCGAAAUCAACACUUCACGAAGGUUGACCUGAUUCGUUGGCGUUUCAAUCCAUCGGAUUCGAUCUUCCUCUCGAUCGGAGAUUAAUAAAGUUUUCACCUUUUUGAUGGAUUUGGAUAGCAUGGACUGUGCUUCAACCAUAGAUGUCACAGAUGACGAAGAGAUCCACCAAGAUCGCCAUUCCUACGCAUCCGUUUCGAAGCAUCACAGUAAUAACAGUAACGCGAAUGCUGCUCCUGGUCUGCUUCCGACCACCACCAGUGUUCACGAGCUUCUCGAAUGUCCUGUCUGCACCAAUUCUAUGUACCCUCCUAUUCAUCAGUGUCACAACGGACAUACUCUAUGUUCAACUUGUAAGAACAGGGUUCACAAUCGAUGCCCUACUUGUAGACAAGAGCUCGGUGAUAUCCGUUGCUUGGCACUCGAAAAAGUAGCCGAGUCCCUUGAGCUACCGUGCAAAUACAUGUCGCUUGGCUGUCCUGAGAUAUUCCCUUAUUACAGUAAGCUCAAACACGAGACUGUUUGUAACUUCAGGCCUUAUAACUGCCCCUACGCUGGUUCCGAGUGUUCUGUCAUGGGUGAUAUCCCUUUCUUAGUUGCUCAUCUGAGGGAUGAUCACAAGGUGGAUAUGCAUUCUGGGUGUACUUUCAACCACCGUUAUGUCAAGUCUAAUCCUCGCGAAGUCGAAAACGCCACGUGGAUGUUAACCGUCUUUCACUGUUUUGGUCAAUACUUCUGUCUCCACUUUGAGGCAUUCCAGCUCGGUAUGGCUCCAGUCUACAUGGCGUUUCUGCGUUUCAUGGGGGACGAGACAGAAGCUCGGAACUAUAAUUACAGUUUGGAAGUGGGAGGUUAUGGUCGGAAGCUGAUUUGGGAAGGAACGCCGAGAAGCGUAAGAGACAGUCACAGGAAAGUUAGAGACAGUCAUGAUGGGCUAAUCAUACAGAGGAACAUGGCUCUAUUCUUCUCAGGUGGAGACAGGAAAGAGCUGAAACUGCGAGUCACUGGAAGAAUCUGGAAAGAGCAGCAGCAAAGUGGUGAAGGUGGAGGAGGAGCUUGUAUCCCAAACUUGUCUUAAUAAUUGAUUUUUGAAACUCUUACUUGGUGGCUCUGUCUCUGUAACCAUGGUUCUUGGAAGUGUUGUAAUUAGGGGCUUUGUCUGUGAUCUAUGAUGUAAACUUGGGUUGUGGCUUCUUUGUUUUCUCUGGCUUGUUCUCAUGUCAUGAAGAGUUUAAAUGGUUCAAUACAACUCAGUCUGGUAUAUCUGUAAAAUGUAAAUGUUGAAGUUCUUCCCACAAGUUGGUGUAAUAUCAUAUUUUAAGAAGUUUAA